GGGGUUUCCGGGGGCGGCGCCGCCGCGGCCAGCCGCUUCGCGCGCGUUGAGCCCAGCUUGUGGCAGACCUGCCAGGCACCUCCCAAGAACUCGGCGGGGCGGCUGGGGCCGCGAUCGUCGCGCCGCAUCGCGCAGAGCUACCUUGUCAAGGAGGCCGUUCGCGUCGCCGAGGAGGCGAUGGCCAAGAAGCCGCGCGCCUUUAUGGGCGCCGAGGGCCAGUCGGAUAACGUUAUGCUGAGUGAUGCCGCGCUGGGCACCGCGGCCAACGUGCUCGCGGCCCUCCUUGCGGCGGUGGAGAAUCCGAUUUUCGUCGGGCGCCUGGGUAGAGCGAUGGGCAAUGCGGCGAAUGCCGUCCACGACUUCCUCAGCGUCGCACGCCGCGAGACCUCGAUGUUUGCGCUGGCGGUCUCGGGGGCGCCAGUCGUUGGGCUCUCGCCCCUCCUUGCGCCCCACUUCUCCGAGGCCUCCUUCCGCGCCGUGGCGAUGCAGUCUGGCGGGGGGGAGGUGGCCAGGGGUCUCGACGUCGCGAUGCCCGGGGGGCUGAGGCCGGAGGACCAGGCGCCACCGGAGGACAGAUGGGAGAAGGUGCAGCAGUAUCGAAAACCGACCGCCCUGCGCGAUGAGGACAGCCUCGUGGCAUGGCUGGCCGUGCAGGACGAAUGGUUUCGAGAACAGUGGGGCAGCGUGCCGGAGGAGGACCUCCGCGAUCCAAAUUCGGCGCUGGAAGCUUGGGAGUCCCUGGCGGAGGACAUCUUGAGGGUCAUGGUGAAGCGGCACCCCGAGACAGACCAGACUCCGGCGACGGGCAAGCGCAAGCAGGACAGACAGCUACGUCCAUACCAGCGCCGGCACGACACGGAGGUGCAGUGCCACGCGAAGGAACACAGCAUCUGGCGGUACCUCACGCUCAUGGGCGAGCUGGACAGGCGGUGGGACAGCACCACGGCGGCGGAAGCAGGCAGGCUGGCCCGCGGUCUCGGUCUCCGGGGCAACCGGGCCGAGAAGCGGAAGAAGGCGGCAUUCUUGGAGACUGCCCUGGAACAGAUUCAGAAGGAAAGGUGUACGCGUGGGUCAAAGGCCAUGUGGCGGCCCACGGGCGCUGCUGUGCGAAGUGGAGACCACCUCUACACGCACGGCGCGGCAGCCAGUGUUGUCCGGGAGCACUUUGCGAAGCACUUUGCAGAGUGCGGGAGCGGCAGCGACAAGGCGGCCUACAUGGAGCAGUACGCUCACGAGUUGGCCGUCAUGCGCAAUGCCAUCCAAAUUCGGAAUGGCCGGGAGUCCGGCUGGCGCGAUCAGAUCCACGUGUACAGAAACUGCGACGAUCCCACCGUGGUGGAAUACAGGAGGGCGCUGCGCAAGAUGGUGGGGAUGGCCCCCGGAACAGAUGGGUGGAGGGCAGAAGAACUGCUGCUGCUGCCCCACUCCGCGCUGGAGGUGCUGAUUGCCCUGUUCUGCCGGCUGGAGGACAGCAUGGCAGACGCGCCCAGAAUCGACCGGCUGAGACCGAUCAGCAUCGCAACCACGGCAUGGCAGGCCUGGGCGCGGUGCAGGCGGGAGCAGAUCGCCGAUUGGCUCCGGCCAAUCUGGCUUCCAACCCUCGCAGGGGGAAUGGCAGACAGGACAAUCGAGACCAUCCUCGAACCCAUCCUCGAACUGACCGAGGCCUGCCGGGCGCGCAACCUCUGGGAGGAGCUCGCGGUGGCCAGGGAGCCCGAGGACGAGGCGGAGCACCAGCCACAGCAGCAGCCUAAUCCCCCGGAGCCCCCGCAACAGGCAGCGGCGGAGGAAGCGCAGCACGACCUGCACAUCCGCACCUUGGACUUUGCAUCGGCCUUCGACCGCGCCAGCGUGGACAUCGUCUUGGCUAUCUGGGCGGAGCUGGGCAUCCCGGAGCACGUGCUCAGAGGCGUCCGGGCCAUCUGGACGCAGCAGCAGAAGUACAUUGAGCUGGGCUCCACAGUAUGCCCAGACCCGCUGACAGUGAACGAGUCCCUGCCGGGAGACCCACUCUCCAUACUGGCGAUGGCCACGCUCCUGUGUGCCACGUACAGACGCCUGAACCGGAGGGCGCCGCACGGACGACACGCCCUUUGCGCAGACGACCGCACCGCAGCCUCCCAUAACCCCGACGACCUGGAGAUCGCGGAGCAGGCGCGGCAAGAACUUGAGCAAUGCACGGCGCUGCACACGGCGCCGGAGAAGACCAGCAGCCUCACGGCACUUGCCGGAAAGCCGCCACCGCAGACGGAGGUGAAAGUCCUAGGGCUUCACCUGGCGGUGCAUGGCCAGACCAGCCAG